AAUGAGUUUGUGGUGUUGACUUGGUCUCCAAAUUCCCCAGAUCUCAAUCCAAGCAUCUGUGGGAUGUGCUGAAUAAACAAGUGCGAUCCAUGUUAUGCCUGAUCGGUGUAUGCGUUCAUGUUGUAUAGUGUAAGUACAGUGGGGUCCAAAAGUCUGUAAAAUAAACAGGUUUAAUAUAAACUAUAUGCGUAAUUUAUCAUAAAAAAUGCAAAAUCAAAAAUAUAUUCACUAUGUAUGUUCUUGCCCUUCAUUUGAUUAGCAUUGCUAUUCUGAUAUCAUUACCUGACUGUGAAUUCUUUGUGAUUAUAUUUAUUGCCUACUAAAUAUGCUAACAGACUUGACAAUUAGCUAACUGUUUUCCCAGAGUAAUCAAUUUUUUUUUCUCUUUCAGAUGUUGUAUUUAACAUGCAAUGGUAAAUAAUCUUGAUUGUCUUCAUAAACCAAAAACGUUUUCCUACCUACAGCAAUGCUUCAAGAGAUGGAAGUCAUUAGAGAAAAAUAUUUCAGCUAUGAAUGUGGCUCAGCCCUUGAUGGUCUUGUUUAGGUUUGUCCUCUGCCACCCUGACUCAAUCUGGAUGUCCUCAUGCAAAGUAAUCUCUGUCCUUUUUUUUUUUACAUUCACAUGAAUUGCAAUUUAAGCUUUUCUAGACACACCAUGUAUUAAAGGAUUAGGUCUAAAGCCUAGGUGGGAGAGGUGGUUUUAUGGGCUUAAUAAAAUCAGGAAGAUAGGCCCCUUGCUAUUUCAGGUCUCACUUCCCAUGCUCAAAGGAAAAAUGAUUAUAACACAACUACUUUUAAAAUAAUAAUAAUAAUAAUAAUAAUAAUCAUGUUGCUGUAUUAAUUAUGUCAGGUUUUGUAUGUAGACAAACUUUAAAAUGUUUUGCUUAUGAUCAUUUGAAAUUAAUAUUAUAUAUUCAGCUGCUUCUGACUUGGAUUUGAUGGUCUUCAGGAAUUUCUGGAUCUUUCCUUGAUUAAAAGAAUGAAUAAUGAAUAUGUCAGUUACGGUAAUGGAGAUUUUAUAAAUUGGAUUUUAAUAUUUCUUUUCUGCCAGAACACUCUCAUUCUCAUGCUGUUAAAAUUGUUUACAAAAUUAUCACAUUUAAGUGUGAAAGUUCAAACAUCCAUCACAAACAUUUUAAGGUGUCUUUACAUUUCACUCCUAAUUUGCUUAUUUAAUGACUUUAAUAAUAAAGUGUGCUUGAAGAUUUUACUAGUAAUCCGUUUCCAGAAGUGUAGAAACCUCAUUAUAUAAGUGCCAGAAUAGCCUUUUAUCUUAUCAGAAGGCAAUUGUAGUGAUUUACUUUGUUUGGGUCCCUUGGAAAAUUAAAUCACCAGGAAUCCAUUACAGAGUUCUUGGCAUAGUCUAUUAUAUCUUGUGUAAUACAUAUGUUUAGGUUGCAUUAGUUGUACUGUAGCAAGCCAUGAAAGUAUCUCUUUUGAGUGCCAAAUGAUUUUGGCAUAGACUAUCUCCAACAAAGCUAAAAUACAUCUGGUCUGACAUUAACUUGACACUCACUAUGAGUUUCAGCCUAUUAUUUAUUUCACAACUUUUCCACAAUAUGUUGCAAAUUCUAUUGUGUCUCUGGAUUUAAAACUUCUCAUUUGACACAUGAUAGAAGGGGCAGAGGGGUAGCAGACCUUUGUGACACUUCUGUCAAUUAUUCAGGAGUAAGCAUGCUUUCUGGUUCAGGUUUCCUUAGUGCAGCUACAAGACAGCUAUCACAUAGCAAAACAAUGUCUGUGUCUCACAAGGACAGCAUUCAGUCUAGCAAAGUGUUUAUGGCUUUUCUAAUAUUUUUUUCUGAUGGCAAGUCAACCAUAUUACAGUUGUUGGCAUUACAGGUUAUGAUAUCUUACAUUGCACAUAGUGUUUUUUUUAAAGAGUAUGCAAAUAAUGCCUUUGGCGAAUGCAAAGGUACCUCAUAUCAUCUCUCAAAGCCUUGCUAAUCAGCAACACUGUUGUCAUGUGUUCAUGGGAAAGAACUUUGAUCCUCAGCAUUUACUGUACAAACAGCAGCAUCCUGGUCAUAUAGUCUUACGUUGGUCAUUUAUAUGUAGUAUAUCAGCCAACUCCACCUCUUAGGUAAAUUACAUUUACCAUUCUCACUGAUUAUGUUUGCAAUAGCCAGGGUAUGGUAUCUAUUUUCAUAGUUAUAUAGACAUAUCACCAAUUAAAACAAAAUAUUCUGGUGUAAACACAUUCAUCACUCCAAUGUAAUUUGCAUGUCUAAUGUUUUAUUUUAUUGGGUUGUUUUUUCUCUGCAGUGGAUUUUUUUUUUUUUUUUUACAUUUUAUAUAUAACAAUAUGUAAGCUAACUUGAUAGAAUUUUGAAGGUUUUUAUUGGAUAAUGUAAAUAGAAUGUUAGUUCUUGAAGCAAAGGUAGGGGUGAGAUGUGUUUUCAUAGCGAUCACCUGCACCAGGUGGAAUGAUACUGGUCCCCGCCCUUAGAGAACACAGGAUGCAAAUGCUCUUGUUGUACAUAUCAGGUUUUUAGUCACCCUGUGGGAGGAGAGACAGCUGACAGUGUGCUUCUGCUUGCAGAUACUAAACUACAACCUACACUGGCUGGGAUACGCUAGGGAAGAAGCUUCAAAUAAAAUCCAAUGUCCAGCUGACCACCAUAGAUUUCACUUCAGAGAUGCAAAUUGCAGAAUUGCUCGGAGUGCACUUUGACAUGCAGCUCCUGGGAAAACUGACUCUGUCUGUGGCCACCAUGCUAUUUGUUUCCUUGGUUUUUAGAUUCUACAACUCCAGGACACGAAACAGACGGCAGGGAAGUGAAAGAACUCAACAAAAGGGUGCGCAAGCAACCCGAGGAAGAUACAGCGCAUGCAAUACUGAGCAAGAACCACAGAGUGAAUCUGCAAAGGAGGUGUCUGACAGGGAAAAUCAUUUUCAACCAUCUUCAGAGAAAACCUUGCAAGAAAGCCUUAACAAUGUUGCCUUGGAAAGGGCCCAGCCUGAAACCAUGGAUUUGGACAGUUGUGCAAAGGAGGAACCUGCAGGUAAAAGCAACACAACUGAGGAUAUAAUUGAGGCAAAGAGUGUCAAACCGAGGUUAACCUUGCAACUUCCUGAUGGAAGUGAAAAAGGUCCAGGAAGUCCAAGUGGUCGGCGAUCCCCGUGCCUGGUCAAGACGCUGGAAGCUGGUACAGGUGUUGGCAGGGAGUUGAGGCAGGACAUUGGUCACCAGGGCACGUUCUCGAGUUUUCAGUCAAAAGCAGAAAUUAAAGUAGAGAAUGCUGACGUUAUCUUGGAUGGGCAUGGGAAUCGUAGAACAGGUGUCCAUGGAAAGAUCUACGAGUACUACAUAGAGUCCUCUUCCCAUUUCAUAUCAGAUUUAAGCCCCACCCGGUCUGUCAGUCCAGUCUAUGGUCAAAAUGAAACCAGCACUUUGUUUAAAUCAAAAUCAUUGGACUUACUCAAUUUCAAGGACCGUUCCCGAUCACCAAGUCCACGACCUUCUAGAUUCAUAAUGAGAGAUCUUGAAAUUACUCCACGUUUUACUAACGAGGCUCUCUCAGCUUUCAAACCGGAGACUGUGAGGUACAGAAGGCAAGUAGUCAUCCGCCAGGACAGCUAUCUUACUGCAGCCAGUGACUCGGAGCUUCCAAUUCCCUUGCCCACAAAGAGGACUUUAACACCUCGCAGCUGUUCUCCAGCACAACCCAGUGACAUCCCUUCAAGCCUGUUAGACUCUGACAUAGCAAACCUGGAUGCGCCAGAGGAACCACAAGUCGAAACUGUCGCCGGAGCAAAAUUCUUACACUUUCCAGAGAACGUGGGGAAUGCAGAACUCGAGAGUCUAGCGGGGAAGCUCGAUUUAGGCAACUGCUUGGAGGCUUUAACACUUGCUAAAAAACACGGUCACAUUGCCCUUCAGCAAGCUGCUCUCCGUGUCAUGUCUGAUAAUUACCUCCAGGUCCUCAGAGACCCAGGCCUCUUUGGCAAGCUGAAAGCAGGGGAGCGUGAUCACAUCCAAACACAACGCAUGAGAGGAAGGAAGUGGUUAGUGGUUGCAGAUAUGGAGUCCCCGGACUGGAGUAAAUGUCUGUCACAGUCUACAGAUUUAGAGUCUGAAUCAGUUAAGACAUCCAACGGAAUGUAUUACUACGAUGAUUACAAGGACACAUGGCACCUUCAUUCCCACAUUCCCCAGGAGGUGUUAUCUAAAGGUUGUGCCAUGUGCACCAUGGAUAAUUAUCUGUUUGUCGCUGUGGGUUUCCAAGGCCUGGACCGUGAAGCGACCCGUUCAAAGAAGGUGUACUGUUACAAUCCAAUGACUUCAAUUUGGAGUGAAAUAAGCCCCAUGAAUGAGGCAAGGCCUCACUGCAAACUCGUGGCUCUGCAGGGCCAUCUUUAUGCCAUUGGAGGGGAAUGCCUAUCAACAGUUGAGCGCUACGACCCCAGGACAAACCGAUGGACCUUUGUGGCACCCCUUCCUAACGAUACGUUCGCCGUAGCUCACCGGGCCACGGCUUGCAAUGGUGAACUGUUUGUUGCAGGUGGCACAUUGAGGUACACCCUCUUGCGCUACAAUCCCAAGACCAACACGUGGCGAGAGACCAUGAUUGUGGGCAGUAAGGACAAGACUACUGAAAUUGUGGCUGUGAGAAAUUUCUUGUACCGUUUUGACGUCAAUCCCCUGGGCAUCAGCGUGUAUCGCUUCCACGCAGUGGCCCGACUGUGGUAUGAAUGCUCUUCGAUCCGUCUUCCCCAUUGCACUGCCUUUCAAUGUGUGACUAUGGACAACAUUAUCUACUGCGUGAGCCGUCAGUUUACCUUGAGGUUUCUUGCAGACGAGGUAUCUCCAAGUUUUGUUGCUCAUGAUUUGAAAGUGCUAUCUCAAGCUAAAGGUAUUUUGUUUCCAUUCAUCCUUGUGCUGCCCGAGAGGACCACUCAACAAACUUGUGUUUAAACAGGGUCAGACCUUUCGAGUAGGAGUUUGUCUGGUAAGAACAACACUCAGGAUCAUACAAUGCACAUGACAGAGGAAUGUACUUUUACUUAAUUAGUUGCAAUUUAGAUGAAAUAGCAAGGUUAUUACAUCCAAUUAUUGUAUAGCUAGAUCACAAUUACACAGCACUUACAGAUAAAUAAAUCUGUGAAGGCUAUUUAUUUGUUUGGGCCUGAUGUCUAAAUCAAUCUUUAAAUCCUGAAAAUGUCUAGUGCAAGUGCUUAAAAUGUUUCAGUAAAUAUACCGCUUUUGAAACACUGUGGAAAAUGUUAACCAAUCAAUACUGUGUGUAGAAUAAAGCCGAACUGCAAUUGCGGAGAUGGCAUCAUAAACAACAUGAAUGGCUGCCAUUACUACAAUUUAUGUAAGCUGGCUAAUUAUAUUCAUAGCUUUUGUAUAUUUGCAGUUGUUUCUCAGCAUAACACAUAUGAUAAAUCUUAUAUGAUACCAGCAUAUUUUUAUAUAAGAUGUAAUGUAAACUAUUGGUUGUAAUAUGUUUUGUUUUACUGCAUUUACACAAACCUUGUAGUCAUGUCACAAGAAUGGGGUUUCUUUUAGGUCAGUGGUUUUAAUCUUCUCUGAUUUACCCAAGCAUUUUAUGUUAACACUGCAAAUCACAGAAACACUUUGGACAGUCCAGAGGAAAAGUUUAUCUUUUUGUGUGUAUUUUGUGUGUAUUAUAUGAAAAACUAAUGACUUAAUGGCUAAGGAAAGAAGAAUCUAAUGCUUUGCCUCUUCAGGCACAUUUCUGUAUCUUCUGAAGAAUUGGGAAUAAAAUUCUUUCAUCUAUUAUAA